AUGGCCCGUAAUGAAGAGAAAGCACAGUCCAUGCUUUAUCGGUUUCGAGAGGCACAAGCGGCAGAGCUUGGCCUUGGGACACGCGGAGACCGUCGACCGCGAAUGGCAAGCGCAUGCAAAAGUUUGCGCGAAUGUGAACGAUGGAGAGGAGAAAUUCUGAGGGAAAUUAGCCGAAAGGUGUCGAAAAUUCAGGAUGCCGGCCUUACCGAUUAUGAAGUCCGCGAUUUAAAUGACGAGAUCAACAAAAUUCUGCGAGAAAAACGGCAUUGGGAGAAUCAGAUAGUGGCUCUUGGUGGCGCUAACUAUCGGCGGAAUGUGGCCAUGCUGGACGAUGACGGGAAGGAGGUACCCGGGACGAAGGGUUACAAGUAUUUUGGACGAGCCAAGGAGCUACCAGGUGUUCGAGAACUCUUCCAGAGCCGGAAGAACGAGGAAGAAGAGGAGAACCAGACCUUGGCGUUCUACAAAAAGUUCUUGGGACAAGGACCGGCAUAUUAUGGCGACACGGACGAAGUCGAUGGAAAAUUACUGGAUUUUGAACGGCAAGCGGAAGAGGAUGAAUGGGAAGAAGCGUAUACAAAUCUUCGAGAAUCCUUGGACCUUCCGAAUGACGAUCCUAUGCCAAAGUUUCCCAGAUCCGACGCUUCGGGCGCCUCAGUUAUUCCGCCGCGUUCAUCGGCGACGCAAAACGCUAAACGGAAGGUUAAUGAUGGAGAUGCUGAUGGGGAAGAUUCGGAGAUGGAAGAUUCAAAGCGUUCAAAAAUUGGAGCUAGUGCGCCUCUACCACCGCGCUCAGAGCUGCCGAUAGACCAGGCUUAUGCGAGCGCUCAUGCAGCUGCAUCGUAUAUACCUUUCUUGACUGCUGAAAAUCUCCUGCCUCCCAAGAUGCCUACUCGAACGGAGAUGGACGCAGUGCUUCUCGAUCUACGGAAGAAGGUCUUGGUUGAGGAAUAUUUUGGUGAAGAAAAAUGA